GUGCCGCCGGAGCUGCCGGAGGUCGGCAGCCAGCACACCUACAAGAGGAUCGUGGACGUUCGCUGCGACGCGAGCCACGUCGUGCUUGUCCCCCUCCUGGCGUACGAUCCCGAAGAAAGUCUACAUCCAAGAAUUUUUCGA